AUGGGCGGUAGAGUGACGAGUGUUGUCGUUGGUCAAAACCUCAACCAGUCAUCAACGGCGGAACUCGUCAUUCACUCGGUCAGUCCCUCAUUCUCAAGGCAUCACUGGAUCCCUGGGUCACCUUCUGAUCACGGUCAAUCAGCGACGUACGUCCAGACACUGUACGGCUUGUCUUUCGAUGCAGCGAUGUCCCAAGAUGUGGAAAGUGAGGAGGAGGCAGACGAAGAGGCAGAUGAGGACGACAUGUACGACAGCGACGACGAUUUCGACCCGAUUUUCCGCGAUUUUUACGACUUCACCUCCGAACAGUGGAUUACUUCUCCUCAGGUUCAGGUAGGAGAACCCGUGGAGGGAGAAGGUCGCACGAGCAGACCGAUGGCUUGCCAACCGUCAGACCUCCUGUUGUUCCUUCGUCGUUGGUUUAAUGCGAAUCGAUUUCAGUACUUCUUGGCAAGUCUUUGUGACCAGAACGCCAACAUCGGCGGCGAGUACAUGCUGCGAGCCCGGUCGCCGUUUGUAAACGAGGAGAUCCUCGGCGAUGUACCUGGAGGCAUCUUCCGCGACUUCCUCGAUGACUUCUUCCGCAUCUCCGUUGAUUGCACAUUGCGUGAAUUGUUUUGUCUCGCCAUCAACCUCCUCCUCGAUGACCUCACCGUCGACGACGACGCCUCUGGCAAAUCGAUUGUCCGCAGUGAGUCAUGCGCAGGAUUUCCAGACACGCGUUGGCCGCAUCCGGCCGUCCGCCAGUCGAUCGAACACACUGAAGAUACAUUUGCACGGACGAGCGCACAUACGUACAUUCCCCGCGUGGCAUUCGAAUCCUGA